AUGUCACAGUCGCCAUACGCGGCUUACAUGCCGCCGUGGUGGAACUUUCCGAGUCCACAACCAAUGUAUACCCAAGCAUCAACUGAACCCGUACACGACAGGGAAAACGCGGUCCGACCCCGGUUUACUCCUUUAGAAAACUCCGGACCAGGAACAGGUCCCGCCCUGGGUGCAAACAACCCACCGGCACAAACAGUGAACGUAGAAGAUGACGAGUUAACCAAGCCGUACAAGCCAGUAGAUGCAACAUUCCGAUCCAAAUUUACACGCCGUAUCGCUGAAGCCCCUAUUAAAGAAAAACCAAAGAUGCCCCAAACGGUCGGUAAGUACGACGGCCUCACCGACCCGGAUGAUCACCUUAACUUAUUUAAGAGCGCGGGUGAGGUGGCUUGUUGGCCCAUGCCCCUUUGGUGCAAAAUGUUCGUACAAACCUUAGUAGGAGCAGCGCGAGUAUGGUGGGACAGCUUACCCACGGGCGAGAUAGACAGUUUUGAAGAUCUGGAAUCAAAGUUCAUCCUACAGUUCAGUCAACAGCGCCGACAUACAAAAGAUAGGAAUGAACUACUCCAUAUCCGUCGUCGAGACAACGAAACGGUAGAGAAUUUUAUCAUCAGGUUCAAUAAAGAAAGCCUGGCGAUACCAGGCGUCACUAACGAUUUGGCGUGCGGAGCUUUCCUCCAAGGGGUUAAUGAUGACGAAUUACUAAGAACGUUGCAUGGAAGGGACGGGGUACCCCCGACCAUAGACGAGAUACUGCGGAUUGCCAAAGUAUACGUUAUACAGGAAAAAGCGGUAGCGGCCAGCCACGCGGCUAACAGAAAGAAAGAAGCCCUGAAGAAUCAGGAAGAAAAAGAAAAUCGGGGGUCUAAAAGUAAACACAGGGGAGACCGAUAUCAGCGGAACGACAGAGACUCGCGUUACGAUAAACAUCGGAGCUCAUACUCAAGAAAUGAAGCGUCAAAACCUCGUUCUGAAUAUCCCAAUCUAAGCAAGACCCCGGCAGAAAUUCUUGCCUCGGAAAACCUCAGGCUCAACCCACCAAAGCCGCUGAAAGACAACCCGAACAAGGAUACGAGCAAAUACUGCGAAUACCACAAGGGAAGCGGACACGACACCAACGAUUGUUUCCAGCUCAAGAAACAGAUCGAGUACUUCGUAAAGUCAGGAAAGUUGGCACAUCUGGUGCGAGAUAUCAAGCAGGGUCCGCCGGUGGUCAAGGAGGAAAAUGACAAGGCGGCAGGAAAAAGGCCGCGUGAGUUAAACAUGGUUCAUGCUGGUAUAGGAAGAGGGGCUAAACGGAGUUUCUCCACCCUCGAGCCGUGGAUGUUGGCAACAAUGACCAUCGAACCACGAAUGGAAGAUUUGCAUCUUACCACGGACGCCCUGAUCAUUUCCGCGGCGGUAGGAGAUUACCGAAUGAGGCGAAUCUUGGUCGACACCGGAAGCUCAGAGGAUAUCAUAUACGAGCACUGUUUCGAUAGAAUGCAACCGGAGGAUAAAAAGCUGCUCGAAUCAGUACAUGCUCCUAUUAGGGGUUUCACAGGGGAAAAGGUGGAUCCCAUUGGUCAAAUCACCUUCCCGGUGACCUUCGGGCAAGCACCCAGGGAAAGAACAAUACUACUAACUUUCCUCGUGGUCCGCGCCGAGUCAUAUCACAAUGUGAUCAUCGGAAGGUUCACUUUGGGGAAGUUAGAUGCCAUAGUCUCCACGGCAAGAGGUUUUAUGAAGUUCCCGACACCGCAAGGUAUUGCCACGGUGUUUCGAGACAGAGUUGGAGAAGUAUUGGACACCAAACGAUGCCGCCAAGGCCCCGCGGGUGUUACAGGGCCAGAAAGGUGGGUUUUAAGCACACGCCACCCAGACCAAAUGGUCACUAUCGGCGACACCCUGUCCCCAGAAAUAAAAAACGACCUGAAACAGUUGUUAAAAAGAAACGCAGACAUUUUCGCGUUCGAGCACGCCGACAUGACGGGAGUCCCUCGUGAUAAAGCGGAACAUAAACUCGCCACGCUCCCAGGCAUCAGGCCAGUCGCCCAGGGUAAACGCAGCAUGGCCCCAGAUCGCCGGGCAGCGGUCGUUAAGGAGGUACGCAAGUUAGUGGAAGCUGGAAUCCUUAGAGAAACACAGUACCAUACCUGGGUGUCUAACCCGGUCAUGGUUAAAAAGCCAGACGGCACAUGGCGGAUGUGCAUCGACUUCAAGGAUCUGAACAAGGCGUGCCCGAAAGACGCAUACCCGUUGCCAGAAAUUGAUUUAAAAGUUGACUCCCUGGUACCGUAUCGAUACAAGUGUUUUCUAGACGCAUAUAAGGGAUACCACCAGAUUAAGAUGGCCAAGGAAGACGAAGAAAAAACAGCCUUCCACACCGACGUUGGCAUCUUUUGUUACACCAAAAUGCCUUUUGGGCUGCGGAAUGCAGGAGCCACCUACCAGCGCCUCAUGGAUAAGGUUUUCGAAACACAGAUCGGGCGAAACUUGGAAGUCUAUGUAGACGACCUGGUAAUAAAAAGCAGCGAAGAGAAACAAAUGUUGGCAGACAUAGAAGAAACUUUCCAGCGGCUCAGAAAGUAUAACAUAAAGUUAAACCCAAAAAAGUGCUCUUUUGGGGUGGAAGAGGGAAAGUUUCUGGGGGUAGUAGUUACCCGUGACGGCUUUAAAGCCAACCCAGAAAAAAUAACCGCCAUAUCGCGGAUGCCUUCCCCCCGAACGCUGAAGGAAGCUCAAGCCCUAAAUGGACGACUGGUAGCAAUCAACAGGUUCCUUGCAAGGCAUGCUGAAAAAUCACUGCCGUUUAUAAAAACGCUGAAAGAUUGUCUCGACAAAAAGAAUUUCAAAUGGACAGAAGAAGCGGAACGAGCUCUGCAGGAAAUGAAGCGGUUCAUAGAAAAGCUACCUACGUUGACCGCGCCCAGACACGAUGAAGUGCUAAAAAUGUAUCUGGCGGCGGCCCACACAGCGGUAAGCGCAGUGCUCAUGGUUGAACGAGAAGGGAAACAAACGCCCAUUUACUACAUAAGCCGGGUAUUGGCGGGGCCUGAAACGCGCUACCCUACACUGGAAAAGCUGGUAUUAGCAUUAGUACACGCCACCAGGCGAUUAAGAAGAUACUUCCAGGCACACCGCGUACAGAUCUUAACUAACUACCCGCUACAGCAGAUCCUGCACAAACCGGAGGUCUCGGGUCGGUUGGCCAAAUGGGCUAUCGAGCUGGGAGCCCUGGAUAUCGAAUAUCAGAAACGCACAGCAGUCAAGGGACAAGUUAUCGCCGAUUUCUUAGCCGAAAUACCAGAAGGAGAGGUAGUCACGGACCCGGUUGUCCAAGACACACCGGAAACGAGCACAGCGAGGCAGACUUGGAAGUUGUACACAGAUGGAUCGUCUAGUGGAAAAGGGUCUGGGGCAGGCCUGAUGCUGAUAAGUCCGGACCAAAUCAGGCUAAUGUACGCCUUACGUUUUGAUUUCGAGUGUUCUAAUAACGAGGCGGAAUACGAGGCGUUACUGGCUGGUCUACGAAUGGCAAAAUCCAUGGGGGCGGCCAGGGUCGACGCAUACGUCGACUCACUGCUGGUCAACAAUCAAGUCAACGAAACAUAUGAAGCAAAAGACGAGGCAAUGGCGAAAUACCUGGCAAAAACCAAAGAGCUCAUGAAUUCCUUCGACAAAGUCACGCUUAACCAUGUGCACAGAGGAAAGAAUCAGAUAGCGGACGCCUUAAGCAAACUAGCCACUUCCGGCAUGGAGAGGGAGGUAAAAGUUGAAACAUUACAGACCCCCUCCAUCGAACCACGGAGCGUUUUCGCCGUCACAGUCGAAGAGCCCUGUUGGUAUACCCCGAUCCUACUUUUUCUGAAAACCGGCGAGUUACCCUCCGCCAAAGGCGAAGCACGAAAGGUACAAACAAAAGCGUUGCAAUACGAGGUCAAUGAUGACAUCUUAUAUAGAAAAUCUUACCUGGGUCCGCUGCUGCGAUGCGUCUCCCCGGUAGAAGCGAAAUACCUGAUCAGCGAAAUACACGAAGACGCUGUCAGAGAACUGCGAAGAUGCCUCAGCUGUCAGAAGUUUGCCCCUCAGACAAUUCGGCCCAAAAAUAGUCUUAUACCGGUGACAUCAGCAUGGCCAUUCCAGAAAUGGGCUGUAGAUAUCGUAGGACCUUUCCCGCCAGCCCCUGGGAAGUUGAAAUAUUUAAUUGUGGCGGUUGACUACUUUACCAAAUGGGUGGAAGCAAAACCUCUGGCUAAGAUAACGGCAGAAAACGCCAAAAAGUUUCUCUGGGAACACAUUGUAUGCAGGUUUGGCUUACCACUCUACCUGGUGAGUGACAAUGGGACGCAGUUCACGGAUAGAAUUUUCCAAGAAUGGUGCGCUGACCUCCGCAUUCAGCAGAUAUUCACGUCGGUAGCACACCCACAAGGUAACGGGCAAGUAGAGCGGACGAACAGGAGUUUGCUGGAAGGUAUCAAAAAGCGGCUGGGUCACGAAGGAAGCUCGUGGGUGGAAGAGUUGCCACAUGUCCUCUGGGCACAUAGAACAAUGCCCAAGACUAGCAACAAUGAAACCCCAUUCAGCCUUACUUAUGGAAUGGAGGCUAUGAUACCUGCUGAAGCAGGGUUGCCAUCGUUACGCCGCCUCAGGGAAAACGACGACAAUGACCAGUCACUGCGAGCAGGCCUAGAUUUGUUGGAAGAAAGGCGCGAGGCGGCCGCCAUCAGCGAGGCACGCUACAAAAAAGCUCUGGAAAAGUAUUACAACAAGCGGGUGUCUAAACUAAGUUUCAAGGUGGGCGAUUACGUCAUGCGCGACAACGAAGCAAGUCGAGCGGAACCAGCGGGAAAACUAGGCCCCAACUGGGAAGGUCCCUAUGUCAUCCAGGAAGACUUGGGCAAAGGAGCCUAUCGCCUGUCCCGACUAGAUGGCACGCCAGUCCCGCGCAGUUGGAACAUCGCACAGCUGAAGAAAUGCUAUUUGUAA